GGGGGUGAAGUAUUGAUAAAGGAUUUAUCAAGCAAAAAACUCUCCCGGUGUAAUCUUUCAUUAAAUAAAGCGAUUUAUUGAACGUUCGUCGAACAAAAACCAAAGUAUAACAGGAAGCGAAGUUUUCAUCAGUGUCUAGAAAGCGAAUUUAAAAGCAUUGUGAAGAGUUUUGAUUGAGAAAACGGCUAAUCAUGAAUGAAGAGUUAUCAAAGGCGCUUAAAGAUCUGCCAAAUCGUGUUCUCAAUGUGAGCGUUGAUGAAAGACCACAACUAUUUCAAGAUGUCACAAAUAUUCUCACAAAUUCAGGUAUGAACACGCAAGUUGUUAGAGGGAUAUGUAAAGUACUUGGAACAACAUUAGUUAAAUACAAAGAUCCACAAUCCCAACAAUUGGUAAAUAACUUAAUAAUCGAUUUGACACGAAAUCAUCCCGACUUGACUAUCGAACAUUUCAAUGCCGUCUUCAAAUCACUUUGCACUAAAGAGCUUGCAAAUGCACCACCUGCUAAAGCAUCGACAGCUGCUGCAAUUGCUCUUGUAUGGACCAAUUCUAUUGCUUUACAUGCCAAACGUGAUUCGGAUAUUGGAAAAGUUGAGUUUCAAAAGCUGAUGGAAUAUCAAUCACAACUUUAUUCUCUUGCAAUUCAAUCAAGCAAUGAGAAAGUGACAGAAAAAGCUUAUAGUUUCUUAAAAUCCUUUUGGAAUAAACAAGAUGAUGACGUCGUUAAAUUUUAUUUCGACAAAUUCAUUUCAAUGGAACCAGCUGCAAAUGUCGUCACAUUCUUGUCAGCACUUUUACGAUUCUACAGGGAUGAGAAGUCUGAAAAUGAAAUUUUAAAGACCAACAAGACACGUUUAUUGGAUCAUUUUGUUAAAGCUUUAGUGACAGCCAAGACCAAGCCUAAUUGUCAUCACAUCACAGCUUGUAAAAUUAUUCUCGCUUCACUCGAUAUCGAAGAUGUCAAAUCAACUCUCCUGCCAGCAUUACAAAGAUCCAUGUUAAGAAAUCCCGAAAUCGUCCUACAAGGCGUCGGUUAUAUUGUUCAUGAGCUUACGGUCGACAUUGGCGAUACUUGUGUUGAUUUAGGAAAAGUUUUGAUACAAAAUUUAUACUCAAAGAACGAUUUAAGUCGCAACGAGUCAGUAAAUUCACUGAAAGAAAUCGCCAAGAAAUGUUCCAAUGAAAAAUCAAUUGAAAUGUUAUUAACUCAAAUAUUCUCAGUUCUUGGUGGAUCUGAUGGAAAGAUAACAGUUGCAGAGUAUCGAAUAAAUUUGUUACAAGGAGCUGGAAAUUUAUCGUUCAACAACACAAAUAGCCAAGCUAUGUCGUCAAUCAUGCCAUCAAUAUCGGAGAAAUUUAUUAAAGCAUUAGAAGGUGAAAUUCAAGAGAAAGUUUUGUGUCAUGGACUGGAAAUGUUUGGAUUGUGGUCAGUGCAGUUUCAUGGUGAACUUGACUCGAAAAUUGUUCAAUGGUUUAAGAAAGGUUUAGAUUCGAAAGCACAAGCGGUGAAGAUUAGUUACCUUCAAUGGUUUCUGAAUUGUUUACAAGGAGCGUCUUUACCGUCGUCAGUUGACUUCACUGAUCAAUUAUUGAAGAUCAUUGAUAAAGCAGCUCAAAAUGUCUUACAAACGCCAAUUGUGUGUGAAGGUCUUGCAUCUGUUUGCAUCAUUCUUUCAACAACAAGUGUCAAGAAAGAAAAUCUUCAAUCGUUCUGGAAUAUUGUGCUUGACAUGAAGAAGGAAAUUUUCAUUAAUGAGAAGUUUGUAAGUAGCAUUGGAAGUGAAAGUUUGUGUAACGUUGUGUUGAUGAGUGAAAAGAUUUUAACAAACUUCUUGGACGAUCUUAAAGGUGAACCUUUUCGUCUAUACAAAUCUCUGGUGUUUGCAGCAACGUCAAAUAUUGAGAAAGUUCAGUCAACAACUAUCGAAACCAUCAAACGACUGGUGACGACAGAAAAUGGAACAAAACUUGCAACAAAUCUUCUUGACGUCUUGAAGGAAUUCAUUGAAAAUGCAAAUUUAUCAUCAACUGAAGAAUCUUGCGACGAAUCGAUUUCAACACAAGGAAUUGUCAACACGAUCAGAGCAAUUUGUUCAAUGCCAAAUAAGAAUCUUUCUAGUGGUCAACUUCUUGCACAACAUUCACUUCUUGUUUGUCAUCAUCAAGCGAUUUUAUCAGCAAAUCUUGAUUUAUGGGAAGACAUUUUAACAUUGCACAACAUCGACAAGAAAUCUUUCAUCGCUUCAUCAUGGUCAACAAUCAAACAAAUGAUUCUUGAUGAAUUUAAAUGUAAUUCAAUGUAUGAGAACACUGUCGCAACAUUAUCAAGAAUCAGCCCUGAAAUCAUCCUUCCAGCUAUCAUUGAAAAUGUCACAACAGUCUUAAAUCAACCAGCUAUGAGUCAAGUGACUGAUGAUGAAUAUUUCACUUUCCUUACACCCGAUGGUGAACUUUACGAUAAAAGUGUCAUUCCAAAUCAAGAUGAACAACAAAAUGGUCCAAUUCGACGUGAAAACAAAGCUUACAGUUACAAAGAACAAUUGGAAGAGUUACAAUUACGACGUGAAAUUGAAGAAAAGAAACGAAAGGAAGGAAAAUUAAAAGCACCGCAAUUAACACCAAAACAAAAGGAAGCGAUUAAGAAUCAAACAGAUAAAGAAAAUACAAUUCGAAUUAAAUGUAAAGAAUUGAAUGAAAGUUUAAAGAAAAUCAUUUCACAAAUUGAAGGAUCAGUUAAAGGAAAUUCACGUCAUUUUGCUUUAUUCUUUUCGUCAUUGCUGCCAGCAAUUUUGAGAGUGUUUAAGUCACCACUUGCUGCAUCAUGUCUCAUUAAAUUGUAUCAUUCGUUGAGAGUUGCUGUCUUCAAUAAUGAACUAAGUGAAAUAGGAAAGAAAAUUGCAUUGGCAACAAUUCGAAUGCAUAAACCGCGAUGCGAUUUACCUGAAGAUUGGUCGAGUGGUGAAUUGAAGGAAAAUGUUGCGGAAAUUUUUGUGACACUUCAAAGCAUCUUUACAAGUGAUGACGAUGAAACAUUUGGUGCUCCAACAUUUUGUUAUCUUUUUGAAUUUCUUAAACAAACCUUCAACUUAAGCUUCAUUACACAAGAUGAACUUUUAAUUUCAAUUGAUUUGAUUGCAAAGCAUGCGCGAGUUAAAGGAAAUUCAAUCGACGGUGAAGAUUUGAAUGAUUUUAAUCAUCCAAAAUAUUUACCAACAUUAGAAAUGAUGCGAUCGUUGUUUGAUUUGAUCACAUCUUAUCGUGGACGAAUUCAAAAUCAAGCAAUUUCCGCUUUUCUUGAUGUCGCUGAUGCCAUUUCCGGUCAAAGUUAUCGUUCGAUUGCGACAAAAGAUGAAAUUGAAUUUCUUAUGUUUAUGCUUCAAAACGACUUGGAAAUCAUUCGUGAUGCAGCUGUUCGUGCUUUAAUUAAGAUCAUUGACGCAUUGCCAACAAUAAACGAUGACUUCGAGUUGGGUUUGUUGAUUGUCCGAAGAAUUUUCAUAGCUAAACAUGAUGUGUCGAAUGACAUUCAAGAGAUUUGCGACACAUUGUGGAGCGAGGGUGGAUUUGAAGUCCCUAAAGUAUUAAGCGAUGAACUCAUGAAAGAUGUGAUUCAUCACGAGAAUUGCAUUCAGAAAGCGACUGCAUGUGCUCUCGUCACAAUCUUAAAAGAUGACUCAACACUUGUUCGAAGCAUUCUCGAUCAACUUCUUGAACUUUACAAAGCCAAACUUACUUUGAUUCCACCAGUUUUGGAUCAAUUCAAUCGUGAAGUUGUGCCUGCAAUCGAUCCAUGGGAGCCUCGUCGUGGUGUUGCCAUCACAAUCAGUCAAAUUGCACAAUUCUUCGACAUUGAAACAGUUGAAAGUGUGAUGCAAUUUAUGGUGUCGGUUGGAUUGAGAGAUCGUGAAGAAAUUGUUCAUAAAGAAAUGCUCGCGGCUUCAUUGGCGAUCGUUGAUCUUCAUGGAAAUGAAUGUGUUGCAACAUUGUUGCCAGUUUUCGAAGAAUUCUUAGAUAAAGCACCGAACAACAGUGAAUUUGAUUUAAUUCGACAAGCUGUCGUCAUUUUGAUGGGAUCUUUAGCUCGUCAUUUAGAUAAAGAAGAUAAAAGAAUUCAACCAAUUGUGCAAAGACUUCUCGCUGCUUUAUCAACGCCGUCACAACAAGUGCAGGAAGCUGUCGCUAAUUGCAUUCCGCAUUUAAUUCCAUCACUUAAAGAUCAAGCGCCACAAAUUGUUAAGAAGCUGAUGAAUCAACUUGUGAAGUCGGACAAAUAUGGCGAACGUCGUGGUGCUGCUUAUGGAAUUGCUGGUCUUGUCAAAGGCUUAGGAAUUUUAUCACUCAAACAACUUGAUAUUAUGUCAAAAUUAACAAAUCACAUUCAAGAUAAGAAGAAUUACAAAUGUCGUGAAGGAGCUUUGUUUGCUUUUGAAAUGUUAUGUUCGACAUUGGGACGAUUAUUUGAGCCGUACAUUGUUCAUGUUCUUCCACAUUUGUUGCAAUGUUUUGGUGACACAUCGCAGUAUGUGAGACAAGCAGCUGAUGAGACAGCAAAAGUUGUUAUGGGAAAACUUUCAGCUCAUGGAGUUAAAUUGAUUCUUCCAUCGUUGUUAGCUGCUUUGGAUGAAGAGUCGUGGAGAACAAAAAUUGCUUCAGUGGAACUUCUUGGGGCGAUGAGUCAUUGUGCACCAAAACAACUUUCAUCAUGUCUCCCAAGCAUCGUUCCUAAGUUGAUGGAAGUUCUUGGGGAUUCUCACAUCAAAGUGCAAGAAGCUGGCGCAAACGCUUUGAAAAUGAUCGGCGCUGUAAUUAAAAAUCCAGAAAUUCAAGCAAUUGUUCCAGUUCUUUUGAAGGCAUUGGAAGAUCCAUCGAAUAAGACCAGCUCGUGUCUGCAAAGUUUACUUGAAACGAAAUUUGUUCAUUUCAUCGAUCCACCAUCACUUGCACUCAUCAUGCCAGUCGUUCAACGCGCUUUUAUGGAUCGUUCAACAGAGACGAGAAAAAUGGCAGCACAAAUUAUUGGCAACAUGUAUUCGUUGACUGAUCAGAAGGAUUUGACUCCAUAUUUGGAUAACAUCAUGCCAGGAUUGAAAGCAUCUUUACUUGAUCCAGUGCCAGAGGUUCGUGCUGUUAGUUCACGAGCACUUGGCGCAAUGGUUCGUGGAAUGGGAGAAGUUGCUGUUGGUGAGAAUCUUCUCCCAUGGUUGAUGCAAACAUUAACAUCGGAAACAAGCAGUGUCGAUCGUUCUGGUGCUGCUCAAGGGUUAGCUGAAGUUGUAGCAGCUUUGGGUGUUGAAAAGCUUCACAAAACAAUGCCAGAAAUUGUAAAGACAGCUGAACGUGCUGACAUUGCGCCACAUGUUAAGGACGGUUACAUUCUCAUGUUCAUUUACAUGCCAAGUGCGUUUCCUGAAGAAUUCACUCAAUACAUUGGUCAAAUUAUUAAUCCAAUUUUGAAAGCACUUGCUGAUGAGAAUGAAUACGUUCGUGACACCGCACUUCGAGCUGGUCAAAGAAUUGUUAAUUUGUAUGCUGAAUCUGCAAUAACUUUGUUAUUGCCUGAACUUGAGAAAGGACUUUUUGAUGACAAUUGGAGGAUUCGUUACAGUUCAGUUCAACUUCUCGGUGAUUUAUUGUUUCGUGUUUCGGGUGUGAGUGGAAAAAUGUCAACACAAACAGCAUCGGAAGAUGACAAUUUUGGAACGGAACAAUCACACAAAGCCAUCAUUCGACAUCUUGGAAUUGAACGUAGGAAUCGUGUCCUUGCUGGUCUUUACAUGGGUCGAAGUGACGUCUCAUUGAUGGUGAGACAAGCUGCACUUCAUGUUUGGAAAAUUGUUGUUACAAACACGCCAAGAACACUUCGAGAAAUUCUUCCAACAUUAUUUGGGUUGCUUUUGGGAUGUUUGGCUAGUAAAAGUUAUGACAAACGACAAGUUGCAGCCAGAACACUUGGUGAUCUUGUUAGGAAGCUUGGUGAACGUGUUUUACCUGAAAUCAUUCCAAUUCUUGAGAAAGGUUUGGAUUCUGAUCAGUCAGAUCAACGUCAAGGUGUCUGCAUUGGACUCUCAGAAAUCAUGGCGUCAACAUCAAGAGAAAUGGUAUUGUCAUUUGUCAACAGUCUCGUUCCGACUGUGAGAAAAGCGCUUAGCGAUCCAUUACCAGAAGUUCGACAAGCAGCAGCGAAAACUUUCGAUUCACUUCAUACAACUGUCGGUUCGAAAGCUUUGGACGAUAUUCUGCCAUCGAUGUUGGAAGGUCUCAGCGAUCCAGAUCCAUUUAUUGCUGAGUGUACACUUGAUGGACUUCGUCAAGUCAUGGCUAUCAAAUCUCGUGUUGUUUUGCCAAUUUUAAUUCCACAAUUGACAACACCGCCAGUCAACACGAAAGCACUUUCAAUUCUUGCUUCUGUUGCUGCAGCAGCGAAACUUCUUAAUGCAUUUUGUAGUCAUUGCCCUGGCGACUACUCGUCAUAUGUUGCACAAUUAUUGAAUGGACUGAUGCGACUUUUAGCAGAACAAGAUGGUACAGACAAAGAAAUUUUGAUAAACUCAUGGGAAGCUUUGAAUGCACUAACAAAAACAUUGGAUUCAACACAACAAAUCGCUCAUGUUAGUGAUGUCAGACAUGCUGUAAAGUUCGCAGUUAUGGAUUUACCACCUGGAAGUGAUCUUCCUGGCUUCUGUCUGCCUAAGGGUAUCGCUCCUUUAUUGCCAGUUUUUCGUGAAGCUAUUUUAAAUGGAAUGCCAGAAGAGAAGGAAAAUGCUGCUCAAGGUUUGGGCGAAGUCAUUGCUUUGGCAUCCCCAUCGGCUCUUCAACCUUCUGUUGUUCACAUCACCGGUCCAUUAAUUCGAAUCCUUGGUGAUCGUUUCAAUGCUGGAGUUAAAGCAGCUGUUCUUGAGACUCUCGCAAUUCUUCUACAAAAAGUUGGAAUUAUGCUUAAACAAUUUUUACCCCAACUUCAGACAACUUUUCUUAAAGCACUCAGCGAUACAAAUCGUGCAGUUCGAAUGAAAGCGGGCGUUGCUCUAGCUGAAUUGAUUAAAAUUCAUACACGUCCUGAUCCGUUGUUUGUUGAAAUGCAUAAUGGAAUUAAGAACGCAGACGAUUCAACAAUUCGUGAGACGAUGUUGCAAGCGUUAAGAAAUGUUACGACACAGAAUGGUGAUAAGAUGUCAGAACUAUUAAAGAAACAAAUUUAUUCAACACUUCUAUCGAUGUUAAAUUAUUCGGAAGACAUCACAAGAUCGUGUGUUGCUGGAUGUUUUGGAGCUUUGUUAAGAUGGCUUUCACCUGAAAUGCGUGAUGAAGCAUUAAAUCAACAAAUUUUCAAUGAAGAUUUUGGAGAAGAUUGGUCAUUGCGACAUGGUCGAACAGCAGCUUUGUUUGUUGCUUUAAAGGAGUCACCAUCAACGAUCUACAAUUCAAAGUAUGAAACGAAAAUCUGCAAAACACUUGUGACAUGCAUGCAAAGCGAUAAAUUGACGAUUGCUUCCAAUGGAGUUCGUGGAGCUUGUUAUUUGAUUGAACAUUGUCAGAAUGAAAGCUUACCCAUUCCAACCAUGGUUCUCACUCCUUUUGUUAAAUCAAUGAACCAUAUAAGUAAUGAAGUUAAGCAAUUGCUAGCAAAAACCAUCAUUCACUUAUCAAAAGCUGUCGAUCAUGAGAAAACGUCGGCGGAAUUUUUGAAAGUUCUUCUGCCAAUGUUGGUGAAUGGAACAAAAGAAAAGAAUGGAUAUGUAAAAUCUAACAGUGAAAUUGCACUCAUACGCAUUUUACGACUUAAAAACAGUGAAGAAGUUCAUCAGAAAGUUCAACAACUCCUCGAACCAGGUGCAAGAGAUUCUCUCAAUGAAGUUGUUAGUAAAGUUUUGUAUCGCGCUUUAACUCCAGCCGGAAAGGAUGAAGAAAUUGAUGACACGCUCUUAUCUUGAUUUAAAUCAUAUCUUGAUGGAAUUUUAAAUAAUCAACUCAAGAAUGUUUUAAUGUUUUCAAUUUUUUGCUCAAGUCAAGUCAAAUUGAUAAUGAAAUCAAGAAUCAAUGUUUUCAUCUCAUUGUUUCAUAUAUCGGUGUGAUCAAAAUUUAAUUGUGAAUUAAAUCACAUCUUUGCAAAUAAAAUAAAAAGAAAAAUAAUUUCUGAGUUUUUCAGUGUAAAAA